AGGCUCCGCCAGCCCAGCCGCCCAGGUCACCUAAGCCCCACCCCGCCGCUCCUCGUCAAGUCCCACCCGGCCCCGCCCGCCCCCCGGCCCUCCUCCCACUCCUCCCGCUCUCCUCGCCCCACAAAGUCGAUCUCUCAUCUCCUAGACCCAGCCCGCUCCCCCAGGCUCCACCUCGGCCUCUCAGACCCCGCCCCGUCAGGGCCCUCCGGGCCUUGCCCCGCCCUGCCUCGCCGGCGGCGGCCGCCGCGUCAAGUGACAGCCCGGAAGCUGCGGAAGCGGAUGAGGGAAGGGCGGCCGCGGCCCUGGGGGCGGCGGGAGCUGCUUUGCCUCCACGGAUCUCCCUGUGCGGCCCUCAUGUGCUGCGCUCGCUGACACCGGAAGUCCGCGGCUCUCCGCACACGGUGGGGUCGUCAGACCCGCUGCCCUUGGCGGUCGAAGUCGUCGUGCGGGCCCGCGGCGGCCGCCCAUGGAGAAGGCCAGGAGAGGCGGGGAUGGCGUCCCCCGGGGGCCCGUACUGCACAUCGUGGUGGUCGGCUUUCACCACAAGAAGGGCUGCCAGGUUGAAUUCUCUUACCCGCCCCUGAUUCCAGGAGAUGGACAUGACAGCCACACUUUACCUGAAGAAUGGAAGUAUUUGCCCUUCCUUGCCUUACCAGAUGGCGCACACAACUACCAGGAAGAUACUGUGUUUUUUCACUUGCCACCCAGAAAUGGAAAUGGAGCCACAGUAUUUGGUAUCUCUUGCUAUCGACAAAUUGAAGCCAAGGCACUGAAAGUAAGGCAAGCAGAUAUCACCAGAGAGACUGUUCAGAAAAGUGUCUGUGUUCUAAGCAAGCUGCCUCUGUAUGGUUUACUUCAAGCAAAACUUCAGCUCAUUACACAUGCAUAUUUUGAAGAGAAGGAUUUUUCCCAAAUUUCUAUUCUAAAGGAGCUUUAUGAACAUAUGAAUAGUUCCUUGGGAGGUGCUUCAUUAGAAGGAUCUCAAGUAUAUCUUGGUCUGUCACCUCGAGAUCUUGUCCUUCAUUUUCGACACAAGGUCUUAAUCCUAUUUAAGCUAAUUCUUCUUGAAAAAAAGGUUCUUUUUUAUAUUUCCCCAGUGAAUAAAUUGGUGGGUGCACUGAUGACUGUGUUAUCCCUUUUUCCAGGCAUGAUUGAACAUGGUCUCAGUGACUGUUCUCAGUAUAGACCCCGGAAGAGUAUGUCUGAAGAUGGUGGGCUUCAGGAAAGUAACCCAUGUGCAGAUGAUUUUGUUUCUGCAUCCACUGCUGACGUUUCACAUACCAACUUGGGAACUGUCAGGAAAGUCAUAGCAGGAAACCAUGGAGAAGAUGCUGCCAUGAAGACUGAGGAGCCUUUGUUCCAAGUGGAAGACAGCAGCAAAGGGCAGGAACCCAAUGAUACCAAUCAAUAUUUGAAACCUCCAUCUCGCCCAUCUCCAGAUUCUUCAGAAAGUGACUGGGAAACUUUGGAUCCUAGUGUCUUAGAGGACCCCAACUCGAAAGAAAGGGAACAGCUGGGAUCAGACCAGACAAAUUUGUUUCCAAAGGACUCUCUCCCCUCAGAGAGUCUUCCAAUUACUGUACAACCUCAAGCUAAUACGGGACAGGUAGUCCUGAUACCAGGGCUCAUUUCGGGUUUGGAAGAGGAUCAGUAUGGCAUGCCCCUGGCCAUCUUCACAAAGGGAUAUCUGUGUUUGCCUUACAUGGCAUUGCAGCAGCAUCAUCUUCUCUCCGAUGUCACCGUUCGGGGGUUUGUUGCUGGAGCUACUAACAUCCUUUUUCGACAACAGAAACACCUCAGUGAUGCCAUUGUGGAAGUACGUUUAUGUGUAGAAGAAGCUCUGAUCCAGAUCCAUGAUCCAGAACUCAGAAAGCUGCUUAACCCAACCACUGCAGACCUAAGGUUCGCAGAUUACCUAGUGAGGCACGUGACUGAGAAUCGGGACGACGUCUUCCUAGAUGGCACAGGCUGGGAGGGAGGUGACGAAUGGAUCCGGGCCCAGUUUGCAGUCUACAUUCAUGCCCUGUUGGCUGCCACACUGCAAUUAGAGACAAGGUUUUGCCAUGUCGGCCAGGCUGGUCUCGAACUCCUGACCUCCAGUGAUCCGCCCUCCUUGACCUCCCAAAGUGCUGGGAUUACAGACAAUGAAAAGAUAUUAUCGGACUAUGGGACAACUUUUGUUACAGCAUGGAAGAAUACUCACAACUACAGGGUGUGGAACAGCAACAAGCAUCCAGCACUUGCAGAAAUAAAUCCAAACCAUCCAUUUCAAGGCCAAUACUCAGUAUCAGACAUGAAGUUAAGGUUCUCACAUUCUGUUCAGAAUAGUGAACGUGGCAAAAAAAUUGGAAACGUCAUGGUCACAACUAGCCGGAAUGUCGUACAAACAGGAAAAGCUGUUGGCCAGUCAGUUGGAGGAGCUUUUUCCAGUGCAAAGACAGCUAUGUCUUCAUGGCUUUCCACUUUCACCACUUCCACCUCCCAAAGUCUCACUGAGCCACCGGAUGGGAAGCCUUGAGCAUGGCGUAAGAGGCUGCUAUUGCUUUCUGAGGUUUAAGUGUCCCCUGUCUGUCUGCUGCUCCCAGGCUGUUAUCAGCCACAGAUCCACAGCAGGGGACCAUAUGUCGAACUGUUUACAUGGAUGUUGCUCUAAGUGAAUGUUUCGGGAUGCCGAAAUGAUGAAAUCACAGCCAUAGUAGGGAUGGCUUUCCAGGUUGGGGUUUCAAUUGACUACUUUUAUUUCAGUCUGAGCCUGAUUAAAACAUACAGUGAACCUUCUAAUGAAUUUUGAGUUCUGAUAUUGUACAUUGGUUUACUUUAGAAGAGUUUCUACUUAUGUAAAUUUUGUUCUGUUUUGGUGUUUGAAUAUCUAGAUGGUCAUUGUAAUUUACACUUUCUAAAAUUAAUAUAUAUUACCAUUUUCUCUAAAGUUGGCCUUAAAAUAUGCUUAUAAAGUGAAGGGGUCAUACAGUUGGGCCUUUAUUAUUUUGCUGAAUUAUAUGAUGAUUUUUUUGCUUUCUACCCACAAAACAUUUAUUAAUUCACUUCCUCCUAGAAACAUGAAAGUCAGGGGUGGUUCUGAGGAUUGGGUGUUUUAUGUUUUUAGUUUGUUCUUUCCACAUCCUUAAAAAUUUGCUUUCAGACAUCAAGGAGUAUCACUGUGCUUUCCUCCUCUUUAUAACUGUGCAGGUGGGUGUGCAGAGAAAUAGCAGAGUGAUGGUUCGAUGAUACUGAAGCAGUUUAACAUGAAUGUGUCUGUAGGGCGAAACUUUCAAAGACCUAUGUGUUUAUUUUUCAACCACAGUCAUGUUGCAGUCUUUUACAAGCACUUUUUUUUUAAUCCAGAGUUUCUGCCAUCUGUUUCUCUUUUUGGGGGGGGCGGUGGACAGGGUCUCACUCUAUCGCCCAGGCUGGAGUGCAGUGGUGCCAUCUCGGCUCACUGCAACCUCCAUCUCCUGGGUUCAAGCAAUUCUUGUACCUCAGCCUCCCAAGUAGCUGGGAUUAUGGACAUGCACCAGCAUGCCCAGCUAAUUUUUGUAUUUUUAGUAGAGAUGGGGUUUUGCCAUGUUGGCCAGGCUGGUCUUGAUCUCCUGGCCUCAAGUGAUCUGCCCGCCUCAGCGUCCCAAAGUGCUGGGAUUAUAGGCAUGAGCCACUGCGCCUGGCCUGUUUCUUUUUUAAACAGUUUUCUAUUGGGUGUUUGCAGACCUACAGCUUUUCUUAGUCUUAUUCUUCAUGAAGCUUCUCAAAGCACUUAGUCUUCUACUUCCCUAACUGAAAGUCCUCCUAUAAUCAAUCCCUACCCCCUUCUAGAAGUAUCUUAAAAGAAAAGCAAGGUGAUUGUAAGUAUUAAAUAGAAAUCUCAUCUUAGUUUAUAUUCAGCAAAGUAAGAGGCAAGAGAAGAAAACUGCAGCCUUGACAUUUGUCAUCUGAAAAAGGACAUCUGGUUUCAUGUUAGGCACAUACAUGCAUGUGCGUGCCAUCUACUGAUGAUUUGUACACAGCUGGACUUUGUGUGUUUGCCAUGCUCAGCUCUCAUUUGCUUUUCAAGGAGACCUGGGAUGGUGUUCUCAGAGAGUACUUACGGGGAACAGACUGCCUUUUAGUAACAAAGGAUACUUGGGAAAUACAUUGUGAGUAUGAUCUAUCCCAGAUUGCUGGGGAAAUAAAGGAGGGCCCUGAUUAUAUUUGGUUUAUUCCUCACUAAAUGUUUAAGAAGUAAAUGCUCCCAAGGCAUUUGAAAUGAACAUAGAAACAUAAUCUAAAUAUGUCUGUAAAUUUUUCACUUUGUGUUUUCUAAACACAAAUUGUAUUACUCAUUUGAGCACAACUCAAGAAUUCAGCGAUGAUAAAUUGAAGGGCUGAAUGUGAGAACUCCAUUAAUUCCACUUCUUCCAAGAAAGUUAACCUCAGGAAACACUGUUUGAAGAGAAGAAAGUAGUACCAAACAAAACCUUAAACAGUACUCGAAUCUUUUUUGCGCUGAGACUAUAAAGAAUUCAUUCUAACAUCUUGUUUCAUAAGGGCCACAUCAUUCGUUGGAGCAUGAUAGUGUGAUUUGUGUACAAUUGUUACCUCUCAGCUGCUGAAGUUCACACUUCAAGGAUCUAGGAGCCCUGUGAGGGGUUGUCCAGCAAGAUGCUGAUUUGUCUUUCAGUUGGUAUGGUUUCUGUGAUCGGAGUAAACUCCCGUCUCCCACUAUUCAAAAGCAGCCCAACUCAUGCUUUGGAAUCCACUGAAAUAAAAAUAGUUAAAUGAAGUUUAACUUUGCUUUAAUAUCACUUGUGCCCCCAUGGAAUAUACACUUUGGUCGGACUUUCUAUUAACAUUUCUAGCUAAGAGUUUGACUCUUAGUGGUCACUUUACUGACUUUCAACGUAAGUAUCUCAGAAGAUACAACUUUCAUCAUAGAAAUGGUCAAAAGACCAUAGCUAUAUUUCCUUCAGGUUCUGGGAGGUGGAGUUUUUCAAGGAACACUGGCCGUUGUAUUGUUGGCAGGGGCCCCAAGGCAGCUCGCACAAUCAAAGGCAGGAAGCCUCACCCCUGGUCCUGUGAUCCCCCCACAUACUUCAGGCUUGGAUUCUAGGCUCCAAGUGGCCAGCAUAGAAGCCUCUCUCCAAACACUGGCUCUGUGAGCCAUAGGAGCCAGCACUAGGUCAUCUUCUGACAUAGCCCUGGUAAAGGUGUGUGUGUUGGUGGCCACACCUGCCCCAAUGCUUGCUAAGGCUUUUGUGUCUAAGAAUUGAGUAUUUGUACCUAGGUGUGAGGGAACCAGGGUCAGCCAGCCUUUUUCAGAUGUGCCGGGCACACACACACUACAUCAAUGGCUUGGUGGUGGCUUCACCGCUAUCCAGGUGACUUAAAAGGGUAUUUGGAAAAUGUCCCUGGUAUACUUCAAUUCCUACUAGACAUUGUAAUGACAAUGGUAUAGGUAAGGAAGAGAGAGUUACAGCUACCAGUUGUGGAACAGAAAUAGUUGCAUGUCCAAAGAAGGCUUAGAAUGAUUGUGCAUAUGCAUUUGGCUCACAUAACCAGCAUGAACAGUCUCUCCCCAAAUCCAUUAGUGAUUCACUACCCGCUGCCAAGCACAGCCCUAAAACAAUUCUCAUCCACUUUCCUGUUAAGAAACACAGCAGCAAUAUACUUUGGCAGCAAACCAGAGCAUACAGUGUAACUUGCUCAACCUUAUCUUCCUUUCCAAAUUCUAUACUAAGCAUCUGAUGUUUUUUAGAAUAAUUUCCUUUAGAAAGCCAAGGAGAAAGCAAAUUAGGAAGAGAGAGAAGUGAGAAAUUGUUGCAUGGCUGAGGAACAAGGUGCUUAAAAUCUGAAUGAAAGUAUUUUGAGAGCAGUAUUUCAUGUGCUAAGGGUUGUAAGAAUUCUUUUAGAAAGGGGUUAGAAUUUUACUCUGCUAGUUACAAGUUUUAAAGUCAUGCUACAGCAUUAUCACCCUGGCAGGUAGGUUUUGUUAUUGUUUUAUAUUUUGUGAAAAAAAGUUUUGUAGAAGUUACAGCUAGUGGUCUUUUCCCUCCAGAGCCAGUGAUGAGUGUGGGAGUACUUCAGCUCUGUAAGGGGCCAGCAUUCUGACCUUUAACCACAUGAACUUACCUGUGUCAGCAGUUGCAGAAAGUAGCCUGUUAGGACAGCAGCUGCUAAGCAUUGCCUGGUAUUUUAGUGGGGAGACGGUUGGGACUUUUCAUGGCAUCAACACUUGCAUGCUCUGAAUCUUUGAUCAGAGAUGAGGUGCCAUUUGUGGCAUUUCCAACCCGUCUCGUGGUAGCUUUUAAAAGUGGUAGAAGAUGCUGCCCUAAUUCCCCGAGGAUGAUUGUCAUUCCAUGCAGCAUAAUGUGCCGCGAGGAGUUUUCUCAUUCCAGUUCUUUGGACUUCGUAAUAUUGGAAUUGUUUUUCCAUAAUUUCCGGCAUUCCGUAAAUAUUUGUCAAGGACAAAGAAAAGGAAUGUGGAUGUUUAUUAUUUUCAUAUGAAUGACUUUGUACACAUGACUUCCUGCUUUCAUUAUGAAGGAGGGGAAACUAGUUCCCUUGUAUGGUAACUCCAAAGUUAAAAAACUGUGCAUGUCUGAGGGGUUGAAUAUAUUUUGUAAAACUCUAAAUACAUUUGUAUUUCUGUGCUGUUCUAAAGUUUACCUUUUUACUUAUAUGAAAGAUAACUAUAUAUUUAAAUCAUGUAAAUGGAACACAGUGUAGGGGGUUUUUCCAAUCUUAUUUUUCAUCAGAUUCUCACACCCACAUAGUAUGCUGCUCAGAUUUUUUCAUGUGUGCAAUAUGAACAUUUGAACAUUUCAGUCAGGUACUGAGCCAGAAAAGGUAAUUGAAGUUUUCAGAAAGCUUCUGUACUUAGAAAAUAUUUUGUUGUUUUCUUAAAAUAUUAGUAUUUUGUAGCUGGAAGAAUAAGAUCAAGGCUUACAUGUUUCAGGCCACUUGGUCACUGGUCCCUGAAUUUAGGAAACAUUGGAUUAAUGAGUUGGUGAAGGCAUUUAGUGGUUACAAAAAUAGUUUAAAUAUUUAUGAUUAAAGGCUUUUCACAAACCUUUUCUAAGAAAAUUUAGCUGAGAAAACUUAUAAAGUUUUCUAAGGCAGUUUAACUGUGGCACAUGUUUUGAUCAGAAAGGUAGUUUCUCUUUGCUCUGGUAGUUUUAAAGUUUGUACUAGUUCUUUAUUUCUGUUUUUUUUUAAUUGUUAAAAUUAUAAAUCACGUCUAAUCAUACUGAAUUGUAAAACUUCAAUUGUAUCUUUAUUUUAAGCAUAAAUGAGAAUAAAAUGAUCCUGUUCACCCUG